CUCUGUCCAUUGCAUCCCCCAGCAGCAGAAGGGAUUAAACUUUCUCCUUCCCUUCCUGGUGCAGACACCCCCGGUGCCCAGGUGUCAUGGCCUGAGAAGGAGGAGGAACAGGAGGAGGAGGAGGAGGAGGAGGAAGAAGAGGAGGAGGAUUUGUCCUCCAUCUUGGUGAUCCAGCAGCACCUCCAGGGCAGAGCUGAGCUGGUGGCGGACAGGGCCGAACAGCUCAGCUUCCUCCAUGCUGUGCCACGUCUCUGGUUCUCGGCACAGAAGCAGGGGCGGGACACCCUGGAGCCCCCCGGUCUCCAAAGCGGCCCUCGUGGAGAGCAUUGUGGAGCUGAUUGAAAAUCUCCCUGGUCCGUCAGAGCCAAGCUCCAUCAUGCCCAGCUCCAUGGCCGCAGUUUGCAGCCUCAGCAAACUGAAGCCACCGCUCGCCCUGGAGCUAGAAUCUCGCCUCCUGCGGGCUCUUCUGAACAGGAUGUGCACCCUGGGCACUGGGCAGGACACCACACACUUCUGGGCUCUGUACAUCAACUAUUCACAGAGCCUGGACAUCCUGCUCAGGGGCCUUCUGACAGAGACCCCCACCGUGGAGAAGCUGCAGCACCUCCUGGAGCACGUCCAUCCCUCUCUCCUGUCAAACAACACCCAGGAGAGAGCCAGGGCAGUACAGACCAGUGUGGCCCUGCUCCAGUUUGCCACCUCCCUGCCUGGAUUUGACACCUCCUCCGCCUUCUCCAAGGCAGGUGAAUUCGUGCUGCAGCUGGGUCUCUGUAUAUCCCACCCAGCCAGCGACAUCAGUCGGCAAGCCAGGGGUGGGAUAUAUUGGCUUUACUGGCUCCUGCUUCAGAAGAGGGGUCUUUGGCGAGCUCUUCACGGAGGAGCAGAAAAGAUCUUUCCUCGAGGCGGGGCUGCUGGCCAUCCACGACCCCCUAGUCUGCGUCAGCCAGGCUGGCCUGGUGCUGACCUAUUCCAUCUUGGGGGAAGCCGGCCAGCUGCUAGAGGACGAGCCUCGCUCCAGGCCCUCCACCCACCCACUCCAGCACUGCCUCCUCCUCCUCCUCCUGAUCUUCCCCAACCCCUCUGAUUUCGACUACACGGAUUCGACCUUUGCAUGGAUACGGACUUUGGCUUGUACUUCUGACCACCCGGCUUCGACCUGUGGCCUGGACAUGGACACUGGCUCCGGUUCUGCCUGGACAUACUCAACACCCGGCAGCAGUAGAAAGGCCCCCACCAUUAAUCAAAGCCUAACCCCACCCCAUGACCCCUUAGUCCCUCCCACCUGUCACCAGAAGUCCCGCCCCAUGGGGGUAUUUCUUCGUGGUCAAGGCGGCCACAUGACUGGAAGCCAGGUGUGUCAUGUGACCCCUCUAAGAACUCCUCCCACCACCCUCUACCAAUCAGGAUGGGUUUCAUCCUGGAAGGACCACCCCCAAGAGGAGAUUUGACCAAUCAGGGCGAGCUCUGGGGUGGAAGGGUGACCCGUCCCGAUGUGGGUCUUGUGACCCCUCUAGGAACUCCUCUCACUGCCCUCGACCAAUUAGGAUUGGUUUUGUCCUGACAGGACCACCCCAAGAGGAGAUUCUGAC